CCGACUUACCAUCACUCAUAAUGCAUUACGAAACAAUGUGGAUUCCUACGAUCAAGUCGUAUUACAUUAUAAUGGUGCUUUAACCUCCCUAUGUGAUUUUAUUGUAGCUUAAAGUGCACAGUGUUAUUGUUUUAUAUUUCUAGAUUUUUCAUCAAACGCAUAGUCUGUCGAUAGUGACAAGAAAAUGAAAUAUUUCCUUGUCUACUUUGCUUUAUACUUCGUCGAUAUUCCAAAUGUGGCUGUGAUUGAAGAUAGUCGACACUGGCACCGGUUGGCGAACAAAGAACUAGAAGAAUCUCUUUCGUAUCAUUGGAACAUGAAAAAGGCGAAAAACGUGAUUCUCUUUGUGGGGGAUGGGAUGAGCCCAGAUACCAUAACGGCUAGCAGAAUUUAUCGCGGUGGUGAGACCAGUCGACUCGUCUGGGAACAUUUUCCCCAUAUCGGGAUACUGAAGACUUACACUACAAACGAACUAGUACCUGACUCGGCUUCCACUGCCACCGCUCUCUUCGGAGGAGUCAAGACGAAUUACGAACUCGUAGGGGUAGACGCAAACGUACAAUUAGGGGAUUGUGAGGCAAGCUUAAAUGUGAAUUAUCAUGUGGAUUCGUUCCUAACAUGGGCUCAAGCAGCCGGUAAAGUUACAGGCUUCGUAACGACUACCAGAGUUACUCACGCAACGCCGGCGCCGCUUUACGCGCAUUGUGCAAAUCGCAGAUGGGAAUGCGAGUCCAAAAUGCCUAAAAAUGCUACUGGCUGCAAAGAUAUCGCCAGGCAAUUAGUGGAAGAUAUACCGGGAAAAAAUAUUCGAGUAAUUAUGGGUGGUGGCAGACAGGUGAUGAAAUCCAACGUGAGCGCGAGCGAAUUCGAUCCGAUAGAUACGUGGGCUUGUUACAGACAGGAUGGUCGUGAUCUCAUUGAUGAAUGGGCGAGAGAUAAGUCUGAUAGAAACUUAGCUUAUAAAGUCGUGCAAAACAACGAAGAAUUGGCCCGGGUCGAUAUCGAAAACGUAGAUUAUCUGCUCGGUAUUUUCGCCAACAGUCACAUCGAGAUGGACUGGAAACGAGAGCGUGGGCCGAAGGGCCAGCCAAGCCUGGAAGAAAUGACAGUGACGGCUUUACGAAUAUUGCAAAAAUCUAAACAGGGAUAUUUUUUAAUGGUCGAAGGCGGUUUGAUCGAUUUCGCUCAUCAUCGCGGUCAUGCCGCUCAAGCGUUGCUGGAAACUGUCCGACUUUCGGACGCCGUUAAUGCCACUCUUAAAAUGAUCGAUUCCGAUGACACCCUCGUAAUAGUCACGAGUGAUCACACGCACUCAAUGAGCAUCAACGGAUACAGCUCUCGAGGUUCAUCCAUUCUAGGAAUCGCUAAGGAAUCUAAAUACGACGGGAUACCUUACACAACGUUAUCCUACAGCACGGGUGGACCGAACAACAUUGCUUACACCGUGGGUGACGAUGGUCAAGCCAAGAGAAUCGAUCCUUCCAAAACGAACACCAGUGAUUUUACUUAUAGCCAACAAGCCACUAUCAUAUCGGACGAAGCUCAUCACGGUGGUGGAGACGUAGCCGUGUAUGCUAUAGGACCGUAUGCGCAUCUGUUUCACAGUGUGCACGAACAGAAUUACGUGGCACACGUCAUCGCAUAUGCUGCGGAUGUAGGCGAGUAUUCUAAGAGUGCGGGAAUAUCACUCCAUGUUCUGAACACAAUUUUUCUAUGUAGUAACCUAAUCUUAUUGGCAUUAAUCGCUAAAAAAUAAAUCAUCAAGAUGAAUAAAAGUA